AGAUCUUUGUGUGACCGCGCAGCCAAGGGGGAAAGAAAGAAGAAAAGGAAAACCAACCAGAAGAAAAGCUCGGGGGUUUCUUAGCGUGGGAGGAGAGGAGGAGAGCGUGGGCGAGGGAGCAUGGCGGAGCACAAGGAGGAGCCGGUGGCGGAGUCCAUGAUGGACAAGAUCUCCGACAAGUUCCACGGCGGGGACUCCUCGUCGUCCUCCUCGGACUCGGACGACGACAAGAAGGGGCCGGCGGCGGGCGUGAAGGCCAAGAUCUACCGCCUCUUCGGCCGCGAGAAGCCCGUCCACGCCGUCCUCGGCGGCGGCAAGCCUGCUGAUCUUGUUCUAUGGAGGAACAAGAAGGUCUCCGGAGGGGUGCUUGCUGGCGCUACGGCCAUCUGGCUGCUGUUCGAGGUCAUGGAGUACCAUCUGCUCACUUUGGUGGGCCACUGCCUCAUCCUCUCCCUGGCAACACUCUUCCUCUACUCCAAUGUCUGCAUUUUCAUCCACAAGUCUCCCCCAAACAUCCCUGAGGUGAAAAUUCCAGAGGACAUGACUGUAAACAUUGCACUAUCACUGCGGCAUGAGAUCAACCGGGGCUUCUUUACCUUGAGAGAGAUUGGUCAUGGUCGUGAUCUGAAGAAAUUCCUCAUUGUGACUGGAGGGCUCUGGCUUCUUUCUGUUCUUGGGAGCUGCUGCAACUUUUUGACAUUGUCAUAUAUAGUCUUUGUGGUGCUGUACACUGUGCCAGUUCUGUAUGAGAAGUACGAUGACAAGGUUGAUGCUUUUGGUGAGAAGGCCAUGAUCGAAUUGAAGAAGUAUUAUGCCAUCUUUGAAGAGAAGGUCCUGUCGAAGAUCCCGAAGAACAAGAAGCACUAGAUCACAAGAGUUACCCUGCCGCGUAUUGCCAUCUGUGUUACCCUCAACUUGUCGCCUCAUUUUGAAGGAUGGUUCUGUGUCAUUGCGUCUGUCUUUAGUUAAUACUACUUUGAUAGUACAUAUAGAUGUGGUGUGCUGAUCUUUUUGUGGAGUUUCCGGCUGAAGAUUGUUGAUCUUCAUUUUUUUGUUUAUUUUCCAACUUUCAGCAUGGUUACUCUAUCCGGGAGCCAGAAAUGUUAUGGCAUUACCUGUUCUAGUGCCUAGUGAACUUUGUGAUAUACUGCGUAGUGAUUUAUCCA